AUGCAAAAUUGUCUAGUGAUUUUCCAUGUGUUUCUUACUUUCGGUAAACUCGUAGGGAUUACUGUGUGCCCAAAAUCGGACAUUGCUUCUUCAUUUGAAGGGAGCUACUAUUUUGGAAUCAAAAAUCUCAACGACUCGUACAACGAUGCUGACGCGACUUGUCAAGAUUUUGGCGGCCAUUCGACUUCAAUCCACAAUGGCUUCGUUAAUGCAAACUUGCUCCAACUAGCGAGAGUGUUUUAUGAGUCAGCCGAGACUGUGUGGCUCGGUGGUGGUGCUUAUGAAGGAAACACAAUCACUUGGCUAGAUGGAUCACCAGAUGAUUAUCACAAUUUCAAGCCCGAUAAU